AUGGGGCAUACACUUCACGGUUAUGUUAAUAGGAGGUAUAUAGGAUACCAAUUUAGCCAAUGGGGAAAUAAAUUCACUUAUGAAAAGAAAGUUUCUUUUAAGAAUGGAACAAACAUUAUAACUUUGCUUAGUACCACUGCCGGGCUUGCAAAUUAUGGUGCAUGGUUUGACGAGAUAAAAACAGGCAUAUCAGGUGGCCCUGUUCAAUUGAUUGGAAAAAAUAAUGUUACUAUGGAUUUGUCAACCAACCUUUGGUCUUAUAAGGUUGGUUUGAAUGGUGAGAGGAAACGUUUAUAUGAUUCGCAACAACAUCUCAGUGUAUCAUGGAACACUAAUUCACCUCAUAUUCCUAUUGGAAAACCUAUGACUUGGUAUAAGGCAGAGUUUAAAGCCCCUUUUGGAACAAACCCUAUCGUGGUGGACUUCCAAGGCCUAGGUAAAGGACAUGCUUGGGUGAACGGACAUAGCAUUGGUCGUUAUUGGGCUUCUUGGGUUACAGCUACAAAUGGAUGCAGUGACACGUGCGAUUAUCGAGGAAAAUAUGUAAAGGAAAAGUGCAACACUAAUUAUGGAAGUCCAUCGCAAAGGUGGUAUCAUGUACCAAGGUCAUUCUUGAAUGAUGACAUGAACAUAUUGGUUUUAUUUGAGGAAAUAGGUGGUAAUCCUCAGAGUGUUCAGUUCCAAACUAUGACAACAGGAAUUAUCUGUGCUAAUGUAUAUGAAGGCGCACAACUCGAACUAUCGUGCCAAAGUGGACAAGUAAUUUCACAAAUCCAAUUUGCUAGCUUUGGGAAUCCACAAGGCCAGUGUGGUUCUUUUAAGAAAGGGCCUUGGGAAGCUACAAAUACUCAAUCUGUUGUGGAAGCUGCAUGCAUAGAAAAAAGUAAUUGUGGAUUUUUAGUUACAAAAGAAAUGUUUAGUGUUCCACUUGGAGUAACAAAUAGUACAACUAAAUUAGCAGUGCAGGUGACAUGUUAA